CAGCUACUAAGAGAAGUUCCAGAGGGAGCGGUAGCACUGAAGACACUGGUGAAGAGAUCAAGCUCUCCUGCUCUCCUCCCUCCAGCCACUGUUAUCAGGAGCAGAAACCAGGACAGAUGGAGGUAAACAGGCAGAUAUACCAGUACAGGUAGGAAUAACCUGGACCUGGGGAUUUUGAAAUCGCUGUUUAUCAGCGCGAUAAAUUGAUAGCAUUCUUCCUGGCUGCAUAGCUUACUUACUGUCAGACUUCAGAUUGAGCUCAAAGCCCACCAGAUUUCCUUCACUUAUUUUCCAGACCUUUUCAACUCCACACCGGAUCUUUCUCUACCUGGCCUCGCAGCCCCUUGAGUGCGAUGGCCACCAGAAUGGACACACUGCCCGUCCAUCUGUUGCCAUUGGCGAUGGAGGAGUUCCCUCAGCCUGUGGUCCCUGGUGUCCGGCUCUGCAGCAGGGGCCACCGGGAGCCCCGCCUCCGGAUGCAGACACACCCCUCCUCCUUCUCUGACAUCACAGAGGAAGAGGAUCAGGCCCUGCGCUCUUUCCUGAAGACCCUGGAGAGCCUGAGGUGGAGUACCCAGGGGUGGCCGUGCAGGUUGUGAGGACCACCCUCUCAGGAGACGCUGUGUACCAAAGCAAUAGCAGAGGUGACUUCCCUGUGACUCCUCUACGCCCUUCUACAGACUGCCUGGCACUGAGGCAGGACUGUGGCAGACAGGAUAUAGAACAGGCUGUCGACUGUUUAUCAUUGUUUACAAUUAUUUAUUGGUAUUUAGGUCAAUAUUUUGGUAUGAUGCAACUGUUUUUUGUUGUUUCAUUGCUUCCUGGAAAGCAUGUGCAUCAUUA